GGAUUGGAAAUAUUCGUAUGCAUCAUCGAAACAACAUACUACUGUACGCCUUAUCGAAGCUGUGCAAUAAAGAGGUGAUUUCCCUCCACACACCCCCUAAAGCCCUGGCCUCAUUCGUGCGAAGGGAGACCAUUCGUGAAAUCAGCUCGCCGUACUUUCCGCCGCUCCUCGCGGCUAGCAGGCCGGCCAAUAGCAUCAUGACAUCUGCCGGUUUAUUCCAGUCGUGCUCUUCCCUUCGCACGCCCCUUCUUCAAAGCACCGCACAGAAAUCUCUCUCUACUGGACCGACGUUAGUUCCUUGGGAAUCCGUCACAAAUCGGCUAGAGCGUGAAUUAAUUAGCGACGGAGCGGCUCGCGCAAUAAAUAAUCCACCUUCCAAAUUAUCUCUCCAAUCGCGCUCGUCCGUGCGAUGCGCUGCCGGCGAGGGCGGCGAGAAGCCGAGCUCGUUCGCGAAGCAGUGGAGCCGCGCAGGCGGUAGCAGCAGCACGGAGAGCACGACUGGUGCUGUGAGACGGAUCGCUGAGAAGGGCGGGAGGAGGGAGAGCGCGGGGAAGGGCGACAGCAGGCCCUUCGGGGGAAAGGAUAGGCGAGGCAACGGUAAGCCAGCGCGCGGGGGGGCAAGCGGAGAAGCCCAGCGGGCGGAGAACGUGGAUGGCGCGGGAGCGGAUGGGGAGGCGCGCGAGGGCGGCGGAAGCGGUAGGCGCGAGCGGCAGAAGCGGAGCCACGUGGUGCAGGAGCCCGCGGAGUUCCCCGAGCCCAUGAGCCGCGACCCGCACGUGGCGAUCCUGGGCGGCGGCAUGGCGGGGCUGAUGUGCGCGCUGGGGCUGGCGGAGCGGGGGAUCCGCAGCACGGUGUUUGAUACGGGCAAGCACGGGUUGGGCGGGCGGAUGGCGACUCGGGAGGUGGAAGUUGCCGGGAAGCAGCACCUGUUUGACCAUGCGGCUCAAUUCUUCACAGCCACAGAUGCCCGCUUCCAAUCACACGUUGACAGGUGGCUCAAAGAGGGAGCUCUGCGUGUGUGGGACGAGGGGCACCUUGGCACGCUCCGGGCAGGAGGGGAAUUUUCAGAGCUGCCCGGCAGUGAGGGUGGGGUGCGGAGAUUCGUGAGCCCGAAUGGCAUGAGAGGAUUGUGCGAGCACAUCAUGGCGGAUAAGAGUGCACGUGAGGCAGGGCGUGGUGGCGGUGGAGCGGCCGGUGUGGAUCGGCAAGAUGCGGGCGAGGGGGGCAAGUGGGUGCUGGAGGAGACUGGAAAGAAGGCCGGGGAGUUCGACUUUGUGGUCAUCGCACACAACGGAAAGUGCGCCAACCGCCUUCUCUCCCCUGCUGGCAUACCAAAGAUUGCCAGACAGAUGAAGCGCCUUGAGCUCAGCUCCAUCUGGGCGUCCAUCAUCGCCUUUGAGACCCCUCUGCUGGCCAAUGGCAGCCUGCCACGUCUGCAGUUUGAUGCUGCCUUUGUGGAGGGCGUGCCAGCUGUCGCGUGGAUGAGCAACAACACGGCCAAGCUGGAGGGAAGAGAGCAGGCAAGGGGGGAUGCGGUGGAGUGUUGGACGGUGUUCAGCAGUGCAGCGUACGGCAGGCGCAACAAAGUGCCUCAGGAGAACAUCCCCCUAGCGAGGGCAGCGCGGGUGAAGCAGGAGAUGCUGGAGGGCAUCGCAGCGGCCCUUGGACGGCCUGAGGAGUCUCUGCCUGCUGUGCUCUUCCACAAGAUACAGCUCUGGGGUGCGGCGCUCCCUGUGAACGCACCGAGGACAGCAGCAGGGGGCGAGGUGGAGUGCAUAAUGGAUGCGGUGACCCGAGUGGGGCUGUGCGGCGAUUGGCUCAUUGCGCCCUCCGUGCAGGCUGCUGCUGUCAGCGGUCUGUCGCUGGCUGAUAAGAUCGCUGCGUUUCAUGAGGACGCUGCUGCCAGCGACCCGUCAGUCUUCUCAGCGGGCCUUGAUGCGUCGUUUGCAGCAGUGGAUGACGCUCAUGACAUCGGGGUGUUCCCAGAUGCCCUGCGUGCUGCUGCGCCAGACAGCAAAACACCUGGUGUGACAGCGGACAAGCACAUGGUUGCAUAGGGUUUAUUUUUCUAGUUUUCUUGGUUGUAAUGUUAAAGAAUUGCUUGCCGCAUAUAUAUUUGUGUUAGGUGCAUAUGAACUUUAGCCUAGCUAGGUGCAGUUUAUAUAGAAGACAACACCAAGAUACAAAACAACUACCGUAAACGCCCGGAUGUAUGGCCCUAGGGUCUUUUUGUCGAGAGACCUGCUGUGGUGGUUACCCUUGAGACGAUCCUCAGGGAAGGGCCACAGGCAGGCCCCCAAAUUGUAGACUUUUACUCUGAUUCAGACUUUUUUUGGGGAUGUAGUGUUAGAAUGUCGAGAGAAAAGUGACUAGGGAGGAAGGCUGAGGGUUACAAAGGUGGGCAUGUACCCUCUAAGAACUGACCUAACUAAGUCUAUAACAAAUAUGCU